CCGCAAUACAGUUGCUGCCCGUCCGAUCAAGUAUUCCAGUAAAACCUCGACCACGACCCCCAACAAACAACAAUGAACAUGGCCUCUCCCUUAGAAAGGCUUCCAGGUGAGGUGGUGAUUCAUCUGAUGCGCUCUUUCUAUUCUCCAGUAGAUCUUCGAUCAUUCAUCUCAGCAUCUCCAAUCUUUCUGCAGUGGUUUCGUACCUACCGCCAGUCUGCUCUAAAACCCAUAAUCGAGCUUUUAAAAGCGGUAUAUCAAGACGAAACACUUCCCCGAGAGGCAAUUCGAGCCGUCCAGAUGCGAUUACAAGCUCAUCUGUUUCCUUAUCUGGAUCCAUAUGAAGUUGAGGGAAGAAUGGCUCGGAUGACUCUGUCGAAGCCUCCGAGCGAGAAAGAAUGGAGUGGCAGCCUCCCAUUUCUCUGUGAGCUAUUUAGCCAACGGCAAGAUGCCGAUGCUCUUAUAUCGGAAUACGCUGUAGAUGCGUGGAACAAGCUACUUGGUGAGGCCAGAGUCAGGGCCGAACGCGAUUCUUCCUUUACGUGGCUUCCAGAGUUUGACCAGCCUUUAGUCCUCUCCCCAAGCGAAAUAAUUCGUUUUGAGGAGGGAUUCCUUGGCUUCGACUAUCUUCGACACUCUAUAUACCAUUAUUUGGGGAUCCUAGAAGGUACCGUGCGGCCAGAAAUGUCGAGACCUGCUUGGGACCAUCGUCCUUCGGUCCUUGAGGGGUAUAAAGACCCACGAUGGUGCUUGCGCUCGUUUCACUCUGUUUUUCAUUUCGUUUUCGGCAAAUAUCGCGAGCUCAUACGCCGUGUCGAUAGGGAGCUUCGUGAAAGGGAGAUCGCCAAUGGUGGGAAGAACAUAAGAGUUUGCCAGUUCCUUCAAUGGACAACAUAUCAAGAGCACAGUUGCGUCAUCUUCCUCUGCAUACAAGACUAUACCCUCCUACGAAAUCUACGACCUAUGGAUCAAGCCCAUGUCAGGCACUUUAUCCUAACUUCGUUUCUUUGGAUCGUUUUGCGCGAUGCGACGGGGUAUUUGACACUGGAAGACUCAUUCAUGCGCGAUAUCGAUCAACACGGCUUGCUGACCGAGUCACCUCGCAAGCCUAUACAUGAACCUUGGACGCGAGCAAGAUACUUCUGGGAUGGAGAGCGGAUGGGGAAGAUAUAUGGGAAUCAGCGGUAAGUGUAGUGGUUGCUGGGAUGUUGAUGUUAGAUAGUAGAUGAUUAUGUCUGAGAUGGCUACGGUGCUUCCACGUCGUUUGAGACACCACCGCAACCCGCAACCCGCAACCCUUCGCACAUAUCAGGCCAGUCGCAUUACUUCGAGAUUCUUGUUAGGGUGAAUUAGCAUCUCGUUUCCUCGUUGAAAUGGUCCAUGAAACGCGACCGGGCGUCUUGGACGUCUGAGGCUUGGGGCGAUAUUUAACAACG